GGUCUGUCCGCGGGUGAGCAGGUGUGGGAGGAUCCCGUCAAGUGGAAGGAGGAAAUUUUAGCGGAGCUGCGAGUCCGGCCCAUUGACAAUUCAGCCCCAGAACGGGUUAACUGCAUCCUGCCGAUUCAGUUUACAUGUAAAUAGAGAGCAGCUGCUCCGCGCGGGCCCCGGCUGGCUCUUUUAAGUUUUUGAUUGGUUGCCAAUGACAUCACCGCCCGUGUUGUAACACAGAGGCCCCAAAGCGGUAUCGAAUAAGCCCUCCUUAAAGAGACAAAACCACGCCCUCGGCCCCGCCCCCCGCGGCCACUCAUUGGUCGCAGGCCGCUGUUGGAUUUCUCCGGACUUCUAUUGGCCCAAGGGACUGUCGGUCGGCGGACAGCCCGCCCCCUGAGAACCUUACAUUUACAGUGUGGCAAAAGAGAAAGUAACUAUGUUGCUGCUGGAGAUCAAUGAAGCCAACUGAAUGGGGACUGAAUGUGAGAAUCCGUAGCUGACGCCGAGCGCCAAAUGGUGAAGGGCUACACUUUUAUUUAUGAAACUAUUUUGAAUUCUUCUUGAAUUGCCAGUUUUCAGCCUCCUCAUGCCUCCAUCUCCUUUAGACGACAGGGUAGUAGUGGCACUGUCUAGGCCUGUCCGACCUCAGGAUCUCAACCUUUGUUUAGACUCUAACUACCUUGGCUCUGCCACCCCGGGCAGUAACGGCCACCCUCCGGUCAUCGCCACCACCGUUGUGUCCCUCAAGGCUGCGAAUCUGACGUAUAUGCCCUCAUCCAGCGGCUCUGCCCGCUCCCUGAAUUGUGGAUGCAGCAGUGCCAGCUGCUGCACUGUGGCAACCUACGAUAAGGACAAUCAGGCCCAAACCCAAGCCAUUGCUGCUGGCAGUGCCACUACCGCCAUAGGAACCUCUACCACCUGCCCUGCUAACCAGAUGGUCAACAACAAUGAGAAUGCAGGCCCUUUAAGUCCAUCAGGUGGGGUGGGCAGCCCUGUGUCAGGGACUCCCAAGCAGCUAGCGAGCAUCAAAAUCAUCUAUCCCAAUGACUUGGCGAAGAAGAUGACCAAAUGCAAGAGCCACCUGCCGAGCCAGGGCCCUGUCAUCAUUGACUGCAGGCCCUUCAUGGAGUACAACAAGAGUCACAUCCAAGGAGCUGUCCACAUUAACUGUGCCGAUAAGAUAAGCCGGCGGAGACUGCAGCAGGGCAAGAUCACUGUCCUAGACUUGAUUUCCUGUAGGGAAGGCAAGGACUCUUUCAAGAGGAUCUUUUCCAAAGAAAUUAUAGUUUAUGAUGAGAAUACCAAUGAGCCGAGCCGAGUGAUGCCCUCCCAGCCACUUCACAUAGUCCUCGAGUCCCUGAAGAGAGAAGGCAAAGAACCUCUGGUGUUAAAAGGUGGACUUAGUAGUUUUAAGCAGAACCAUGAAAACCUCUGUGACAACUCCCUCCAGCUCCAAGAGUGCCCGGAGGUUGGGGGCGGUGCGUCUGCGGCCUCGAGCAUGCUACCUCAGUCCAUCCCCGCCACCCCGGACAUCGAGAAUGCGGAGCUGACCCCCAUCCUGCCCUUCCUGUUCCUCGGCAAUGAGCAGGAUGCUCAGGACCUGGACACGAUGCAGCGGCUGAACAUCGGCUACAUCAUCAACGUCACCACUCACCUUCCGCUCUACCACUACGAGAAAGGUCUGUUUAACUACAAGCGGCUGCCGGCUACAGACAGCAACAAGCAGAACCUGCGGCAGUACUUUGAAGAGGCUUUUGAGUUCAUUGAGGAAGCCCACCAGUGUGGCAAGGGGCUUCUCAUCCACUGCCAGGCUGGGGUGUCCCGCUCGGCCACCAUCGUCAUCGCGUACUUGAUGAAGCACACUCGGAUGACCAUGACUGAUGCUUACAAAUUUGUCAAAGGCAAACGACCAAUUAUCUCCCCAAACCUUAACUUCAUGGGGCAGUUGCUGGAGUUUGAGGAAGACCUAAACAAUGGCGUAACACCACGAAUCCUUACACCAAAGCUGAUGGGUGUGGAAACAGUUGUGUGACACAGUCUGGAUGGAAAGGAUUGCUGUUCUCCAUUAGGAGACGAAGCAAAAGUGGAUUAUCUUUUUUUUGUUUUUUGUUUUUUUUUUAGAAGGGGGGGUAAAGUUUGUGAAUGGAAACAAACUCAUUUAAAAACUUUUUAUUUUUAACAAGUGUGAGAAGAAUUUAACUUUUGAUGCCAUUGAGAUUCACUUCCCCAAAACUGGUAAAGCAGGGAGGCUAAAGAAGGAAUUUUUUUAAGCCAACAAUAAAACUGUAAUAAUA